UCGUCGUCGUCAUCGUCGUCCCGCCGACCGUUUCUAUUCUAGAGGGAAAAAUCGCCGGCAACCUCGGGAUUCCCGCCGGCAAAUUCUCUUUAAAGCUCCCCGCUCGUUCCACACGCAAAUGUUUCCAUCAAUGGCCGCGGAAUUAAGGUUCUGAGCCUUUGCACGCCGUGCUUCGCGUCGGAGGACGAGGGUGGCUGGCUUCCGGCGAGGCCAUUGUCCCCGGCUUCAACUAGGAGAUUGUUAGGGUAAUUGUUUGCGUUUAUGAUUGGGAUUCAAUUGGGUUCAAAUUCGAACUGCGGUGGAGUUGCGUAGCUUGUGUGUGAAGGUGGUGAUUUAGGCUUUUUUCUCGAGUAUUAUCAUUCUCGGAGAGGGUAGUAUGGGUGAUACUGAAGAUGCUAAUACUGAUACCAUGCGAAAUCUUCAAUGUUCGUUUGGGGCAUCUUCUUCUUCAGCUGUAAAUCUUCCUUUCUCGAUGGAUCAGCUUAAAAUUUCCCAAAUGAACUGCUCACAAAUCCGUCCGCAGCACUUUCAGUCGAAUUUUCUUGGUGAUAAUAAUAAUAGUAGAAGAGCUGGGAUACCUCCUAGUCCCAACUCACCGCAGAUCCCGCCAAUCUCGCCGUAUUCUCAGAUCCCGAUCUCGCGUCCGAUGAACCAGCAAAGUUUCAACCCAGUGCCUACUCAUUCCCGAUCGUUGUCUCAGCCGUCCUUUUUCUCGCUCGAUGCUUUGCCCCCUUUAAGCCCGUCUCCAUUUCGUGAGUCCCCAACUACAUCAAAUUCAGAUCAGGUUUCUGCUGAUACAUCAAUGGAGGAUAGGGACGCCAGUUCACAUUCGUUGUUGCCUCCCUCACCCUCACCUUAUAUGAGGGCCAAUUCUUCUAAGAUUGGGGAUUCUCUACCCCCUCGUAAAGCACAUAGGAGGUCUAGUAGCGAUAUUCCAUUUGGAUUAUCUUCAAUGAUUCAGCCAUCUCCUCUUCUCCCAUUCGGUAGCUCGGGUGGAUUGGAGCGAUCAACAAGUAGUAAAGAGAAUGCGGGCAUGUUAAAGCCGGCUAGCCAGUUUGUUAAGAGAGAACCCAGUUUGGAGAAAAGCGUUGACAACAAUUUGGAAGGAAUGGGUGAGAGGAAAUCGGAUGGGGACAGUGUGGACGACCUAUUUUCUGCUUAUAUGAAUUUGGAUAAUAUUGAUUUGUUUAACUCUUCAGGGACCAACGACAAGAAUGGUCAUGAGAAUCGGGAGGAUUUGGAUAGUAGGGGUAGUGGAACGAAGACAAAUGGUGGUGAUAGUAGUGAUAACGAAGCAGAAAGCAGCGUAAAUGAAAGUGGGGAUAACUCCCAAAUGCCUGGAAUGAAUUCAUCUGCUGAGAAGAGGGAAGGGAUCAAACGAACUGCGGGAGGGGAUAUCGCUCCAACUACCAGACAUUACCGAAGUGUCUCCAUGGAUAGUUUCAUGGGCAAGUUGCAGUUUGGUGACGAGUCACCCAAAAUGCCUCCUACACCACCUAGUGUUCGUCCAGGACAAAUUUCUUCAAAUAAUUUAGUUGAUGGUAAUUCAGGUCCAUUCAGCUUGGAGUUUGGUAAUGGUGAGUUCAGUGGGGCUGAACUGAAGAAAAUUAUGGCAAAUGACAAACUUGCUGAGAUUGCUCUAACUGAUCCCAAGCGUGCAAAGAGGAUCUUGGCAAACCGUCAAUCUGCUGCUCGAUCAAAAGAACGGAAGAUGCGGUAUAUAUCUGAGUUGGAACACAAGGUUCAGACUCUUCAGACAGAAGCUACCACGCUGUCUGCCCAACUCACACUUCUACAGAGAGAUUCAGUUGGACUUACAAACCAGAACAAUGAGCUGAAGUUUCGGCUCCAAGCCAUGGAACAACAAGCACAACUACGGGAUGCUCUAAAUGAAGCCUUGACCGCAGAGGUUCAGAGGUUGAAGCUCGCUACAAACGAGUUAAACGCGCAGUCUCAUCCGUCUAAUGGAGUAAUGCCUCAACCUACCAUCAGUCACCAUAGCCUCCAGCUCCAGCACCAGCAGCAGCAGCGCCAUCAACAGCAACAAAUGCAGCAGAAUGGCAGUUCAGCCACAGAACCAGAGUCCAAUCAGAAGUAGUUUGUUGAAGAUGGAUGAGAGCUUCAUUAUCUCUUUGAUCACCUUGUUCAUCACCAUUAUUGUAAGCUAGCUAAGCUUUCUUAUAUUAUUAUUUAUUAUUUGACAUAUUAUUGGCAUUUGUCAAAUAGUAUCUAUCUUGUAAUUCAACACAGUCCUUUUUAAAGUUGUGUAGAUCACACACUUCACUUUAUAAUAUGCUUUACUUUUAAUUCUUUAGUGAAUGUAGGCUACCUUGUCACCCAAAAAAGAGAAGUGUUCUUUGGAUGAUAAUUAAUUACUUUAUAUGUUAUUUGUAGCA